AUGUACACUGCCAGCAAAUUACCCCCAAUCAGCGAUACAACAAUUCAUGAAAAAGAUCAUGAUAAUACAUUGAACCUUAAGAAUCAGCAUAUUAAUGAUGGCAAGACAGGGAUAGUUGACGUUUGGCCAGCAAGUAGUAUGCCUCACGCUCAAUCAGCUUACGUCCCCGCGAGUGUAUCUACUACUCAACCGAAACCAAAGUUUCUAAAAGAUCUAGAAACAUAUCUAAAUCGUGAAUUAUCUAUAAUAGGAAGGUUAAAUACAACUUCUCAUGAGGCUCGAAUGCAAGUAUUUCGCCAGGUAUUCGAGUUUCUUAUCCAGGAAUUUAAAACAUACAAGCCUAUGUUGGCUUCCAUCAAGAAUGAAUAUGAAACAUAUAUCAAUGAAUUAAAAGAUAAAGUAGUAGAACUAGAGCCACUUAAGGCGAUGAUUAUUACUAUUGCUGAAGAAUGCGAUCAGAAAAUCAUGCAAUUACGUGACUUAGAAAGGAAAGAGCUUGAAGAGCUUAAAAACGAAAACAAGAAAUUAACAAAUAAAAUAGAUGAUAUAAGGGAAGAUAAACAAACUCUAGCUGAAAUGAUUCAAAAGCUACAAGAAGAAUUAUCUCUAGAACACGAAAAGUAUCGCAAUGAAGCAGAUGCUAGAAAACUAUUAGUGCAAGAUAUAAACGAUUUAAGAUACCAGUACGAGGAGCUAAUCACUGCCCGUGACCAAGGUCGAGCUAAAGAUAAUACACAGGAAGAUGCAGUAAUGUUACGAAUCGCUCUAGAAAGAUGUAGGAAAGAUCUUGUAGAAUCACAGAAUAAGAUUACGGAAUAUCAAGCAAAUUAUGGUGAUGUCAUUCCACGCCGUGACUUUGAGAAGAUAAAAGAGAAAAGCAUUGAAAUGACUAGUGUCUUAAGUAACCUGAAGAAACAAUUUACUAAAUUAUCAGAAGAGCACAGUACUUUACAAACUGUAUACAAGCAAGUCUUAGAUCAACGCAACAAUUUUGCACAUGAAUGUGAUAUACUUAGAAGAUCGGCAACACCGCGGCCAGACUGGAGUAAAUGUGCUCCAUAUAUCGAAGGUGGCAAUGAGCGAUGGACUGUUAUAUCGCAAGAUAGAACAAGUGAUCAGUUAGUUGAUAUAUUGUUGGCUGAAAUUGCUGGUGCUGAUCCAACUAACAUCGGAGCUGUAGAAUAUUUUGAAGGACUGGGACUAGAUGAGUCUAUACCGAGGUAUUUAAGAUAUGAAGGAAAAAUUAGAAACUUCCGUACAAAAAAGAAAGAUGUUCUAUAUUUCAUUAAUGAAUUAUGGGAAGAAAAAGCUAAAUAUGAUACAAAGAACUACUCCAACGGAAAUCAUAGUGAUAUCCAAGAAUUCAUUUAUGAGUACUUGAAGAAGCGCCAUGAUGACGAUAAUUUGAUUGUUGAAUGGGGCUAUAAUUUACACUAUGCAUGCCAAAGACUAAGUAAGGACCCACAAAUUGGCUUAUUUUAUAAUAUCUUAUCCGGAGAGGUCGAUGAAAUCGUUCACCAUAAACAACAACAAAUGUUUGCAAACUUAAAAUUAGCGAUGUCAAAAGCAUCCUCGUCCAAAGAGGGCUGCAUAUCGAUUAAGGACUUUUCUCAGGUUCUUCGAAAAUCUUUCGCAAAUAAAACGGAAAAAGAUUUUACGGUAUUGGAAGAAGGUGCGAAAGUAGCCAUUGAUAAGGACACGCCUGAUGUAAUAAAGUAUAUGUUACUUUUCGAAACGGAUGCGGACGGAAAAUUGAGUCCUUUCUUGUUAAAAAUUAUGGAACAACAGUGGGAUGAUAGAUUGGCUUACAUUAGCGAAAUUGAGGAAGCUAUAGGAAGCGAUAAACGAGAAAUUACCGUUGAAGAAGCCAGAGAAGUGAUUAAAAUGAUCGAUCCAAGUAUAAAUCCCCCGGCUUUAGAAGCCUGCCUAUCAAGGGGAUUCGAUUAUUUCGGCUUAGUACCAGCAACUACUAAAACAGACGUCGAAACAUUUGUACAAUUACUACGUUUUGGAGACACUAAUCGCUUCGGAAGACCAGGAGAAAACGGGAAAAUCAGCCCGAAAGUAUCAUCAUAA